AUUUAAUAAGCAUUUCUUAAUAAAAAUUAUUAACAAACGUUUAUUACGAAAACGUAUAUAGGCUACGCCUAUCUUUGACAUGUAACUCCACAAUGUGUGCCCAACAGAGCAAAGAUCCCGUAUCCACCAGAUCCACGGCUAGCCCCUGGUUGUCUGUUUUCUAAAGUGAGUUCAGGAGUGUCGAGGGGGCGGAUAGUUUUCAUUUCCCCUUCAUCGUGCUCAGCCAAUAAUGUAGAAGGAUGUGUUGUGCACAUCUCAGCUGGCAGACGUUUAAAAGAGAGACAGUCCGGCGCUGCUGCAGUGUGUAUUCAACCACAGCCUCUGUCUAUGGAAUCAUUAACCACUGCAGACUCUCAUCACCGCGCGCCUUCAUUGCAGUACAGUCCAUCCCAUUAGCACCCUCGCGCCUCUGGACACCUCAGAAAGAAGACCCACCAGAGAACAUUUCACUCGUGGACAUUUUGACAGGAUGGCAAAUUCAGCGCGUGUCCUCUGUGGUAUGGUUUUCAUCAUGGGGUUGCUAUCAUCUCCCGUGGAUUCCAAAAGGAACCGAGGCUCACAAGGCGCCAUACCUCAUCCAGACAAAAGCAACCCAAACGAAUCGGAGCAGCAACCCCAGCCACCGCAGGCGGGCUCGGGUUCCCGGGGGCGGGGGAAGAGCUCCGCCGCGCCGGCCGAGGAGGUUCUGGAGUCCAGCCAGGAAGCGUUACACGUCACGGAGCGCCGCUAUCUGAAACGGGACUGGUGCAAGACCCAGCCACUAAAACAGACUAUCCACGAGGAGGGCUGCAUCAGCCGCACCAUCAUCAACAGGUUCUGCUAUGGACAGUGUAACUCGUUUUACAUCCCUAGACAUGUGCGGAGGGAGGAAGGGGCUUUCCAGUCCUGCUCCUUCUGCAAGCCGAAGCGGUUUACCACCAUGACGUUUACUCUGAACUGUCCAGACCAGCAGCCUUCCACCAAGAAGAAGCGUAUCCAGCGCGUGAAGCAGUGUCGCUGUAUAUCCAUAGACCUGGACUAGGCACAGGUACUGAUUAGUCUUCAUUGAAAUGGUCAGUCUUGGCCUGAUCAUAAAUCAACCAGACUAUUGAAACCAAGGAAAUGAUCAAUUUGCUAAACCUCAAACAUCACAUUUACCCGCACGGGGAUGAAGCGCCAUAGCAGUGGACCGCUAACCCAUCGUCCAAUGUUGAUACCGGACUUUAGUGAACAAAUCUCGUAUUGUGUCCGUCUAAUUUCACAUCAAGCGAAUUAUAUUCGUGGCUAUAGCAACCGUGCACGUCUUGAUCACAACAUGCUGUCCAUUGCCUUGUCUCACCUCCAAAUACGUUUGAAUUUCUGUUCACAGGAUCCUUAUUUUACUCUUUUGGGUCAAUACAACAAACAGCCGAAAACACACAAUGUAGGUUUGAUACGUUUCUAUAUGAGGUACUGAGUUUCCACUGUGUGGAAUGUUAGGGAGACGGAGGGCUUAUUUGAUAAUGAGAUGCUAAAGACAUUUCAUUGAUAUUUUCUGUGAAUUUCGACCACCCAGUAGUUUCAGUGGAGAUUUUGUAAACGUAGGCCAAUAGGCUAGUUUGAUUCUAUAAAUAUAUACAAUAAAAGAUUUGUUAAAAUGUUUGCUGUACAGAGUUUGUUUAAAAUGUUGAAGAUGGAAACAUUAAAUAUGUAACAUGUUAACCUAAUACUUUGUCUACAUUGUGUAUGCAGUUUUUAAGAAGCGUAGGUUGUCCAAUUGCCAAAAUAAACUAUCGACAUAAUG